CAACGUUCGACGACCAACAGUUGAAAACCACUUUGUUAUUUAUCAGUAGAAGGGAGUGGUACGUCAAAAACUGACGCACAUCCGCAGAAACUGUGCAAAAAACAUUUUUAAAAUUUUACUACUAAUUCUGUUUUUCCAUUUCUAAGUUCAUCAUUAGUUAAUAACAAUAAUAACUAUAAAACAAAUAACUAAUAAAUCUUUUCAUGAUUUUCAACUAAACCAACAAUCAAGUUCUCGGCAGACUAUUUUAAAACUUCUUCGUAAAAAGGACAAAAAACUAAUACAAUUUUAUUAACCAUAAAACCGAAGGAAAAAUCAAUUAUAUUCAACAAAUCAAUGGUUUUUAUGCCUGUUUUUACUAUUUUUGUUUUUACUGUUGCUAUCCAAACUAUAAAAAAUCCAUUUAAAAAGUUCUAAAGAAAAUAUAAUGAAACAGUUUUUCUUUUGUGUGCUUUUAAAGUGAUAGUGGUGUUGAUGACAAAGAACAUUUUAAAAUAAGUACUACAAUAAAAUAGAACCUAAAAAUAUAAUGAAAAAAAUAAAGAAAAAGUUAAGCUGGUCAUAACCUCAAAACUAAAGAAACAAAAAUGUUGACGGAUGAAUAUUCAAAAUGAUCUAAGUUCAAGUAAAACUGUUUGUAGUUUCUCAAAGUCUAUUAUAAACUAUUAAAUGUAUUAAUUAUACUAUAACGUUAUUCAAAAAAUUAAGCAAAUUAAAAUUCUUUUAAAAUGGAAUUUAAAGAUAUAUAAAAUAAAAUUUUAGUCAACCAACACAUCGAAAGCAAUACCUAACCUGUGAAAUACACAACUAAAAAUAAAAAAACUCUCUUAUAAAAAAAACUCUAAAUAAAAUUAAUAAAAUAUAAAUCUUUAAACUGUUACUAAAACCAAUGCCGAAAUAAGUUUAACAAAAGAAGAAUAUAAUGACAACAUUCUCCGAAAGGAUUAACUUGAGAAAAUAAUAGCUAAAUGUAUGUGUGUCAACGCCAAGUACAUAUUUACAUAUAUAUAUUCACACUAUUGACUAUAGCAUCAACAAAAAUGAACUCAAAACUUUAAAAAAGAAAAUAUGGAGUAAUAACCAGACUCAAAAAAGCAACAAAUACAUCCAUCACUAUAAAAAAGGCAAACGCCAAACAGGAUACAAGAAGGAGCUGGGACAAAUAAAGAAAAAAAGGAACCCGUUAAUGCCACAAAAAUGUCUGUGGAGUGUAUGGUGGCUGCAAGUAAAAUAGUGUUGGCAAAAAAUACUACCACUACAUACUCUACUACAGCUGUAACAACACCUGUAACAGCAGUAGCCACAUUUUCUAACCAACAGCAACUGCAGACGCAAAGUGGAACGACGGGAAUUAUUGUCAACCAAACACAGCGUCGCACCAUAAAAAAUGCAAAACAAUUGCAAUUACGUCAACAGCAAAUGGUGGUGGGUCAACAUAAGGAAUACCAAGAGGAACAUCAACAGCAACAAAAAACUCAGCAAACCGCUACAAUCUAUAUUGUUAAAAAAUCAACGGAUUUAAACAAUGUCAGACACAUAAGUCCCCUUACUUCUACAAUCAACAGUACCAAAAGCCACGUUAGCGGCUUCAAUACCAACACUGGCACAAUUUUCUCUACUGAUAUUGUGGUUAAUGACAACAUUAAUAAAAAUGCCGCAUAUCAAUCUAUGGAACAUGAUUUACCAGUAACAGUGCCACCAUCAUUAUCACCAGCAUCAGCUUUGCAAUCGACAUCAAUCUCAGCACCUCAAUCGCCUUUAGCACUUUCAAAUAUAACUUUAGCAACACAACCAGCUCUAGCUGUAACAUUGUCCAGUGACAAUGAGGACAAUAUAGAACUCUGCGAACGUUUGGAAUGGUCAGCUGCUCAAUCUUUAGUGGAAAUGAAUGCCAAAGAUAAACAGCGUCGCAGCACCAAUAUUGCACCAAAUUGCAACAUUAACUAUAGCAAUAAUAAAGCUAGCAGCAGCAAUAGACGUAAUACCAGCAACAGCACCAACAUGACUACACACAAACAACAACAAUUUAUACAACUGCCAACAACUAAUGAGUACUUAACGUCAACUUCCAGUAAUAAAAUCGAUGCAAAUAUUGACCAAACUGUUGAUGUUAAAACGGGAAAAGAUUAUGGCAAAUAUUUCGGACGUAGUCCCACUGAAGAUGGUAAAGUUAUAUUUUAUGCACCGCCAGCUGGUGGUAUAAACUCAAAUGUUCAGCGUACUAACAACACCAACCAUAAAACAGUUGUUAAAUUUGAGAACGCCUCUACAAUACCAGCACUAGUCUAUCGCGAGCGAAGCAUUGAGGAAACUGAAGCAGCUCAUGAUUUGUUAUCGCUGUCGCAGAGCUUACCACCCCUAACACCUCCCUGUGUUGUAACAAUCUUGCAACAAGAUUCAAAUGCCACCUCCACGUCAUCAGCAUCAUCGCAUUCAAUAUCCACUCCAAAUGGUACGCUGAACACUCAUAAAUCGCAAAUGCAAGAGAUAUCAAGUUCUUCCAGACAAUUACAACAACCAAUACACUGUGCCGGUAUUAUACAACCCGAUAAUUUAAAUGUGUAUAUUGAAACAGACCAAAAUCCCCAUCAUAAUACUACUUCUAAAAUUCGCUAUAUCAGUUCGUAUGACUCUCAACUGCAGCAGCAUCAAAUGAACCUCAACAAUCAUCACAUCCAUCACCAUCAUCAGAACCACCACAGUGGUGUGAGUAAUUCCAACAAUUGUUCACCGUUGACACCGCCCAAUUCCGAUCAUUCGUCGGAUAUUGAUAUUGAUAUGUCUUCCUCAUCGGAAUCCGGCCACUCUAAUUCCCAUCCACCAUUGCAAAUCUGGCGUACCGAAUUAUCAGAUGCAUCUGCAAAAAAUGAUUUAAAAAUCUCUCUUAACAUCGUGGAUGGUCGCACAAAGGCCUGCAAGAAAAAAGGGGAACAAAAUAGUAAAUUGGAAACGACUAAGAAACCGAAACGCGGUUGCUAUAAAUGUUCGGAGUGUGGUAAACAAUAUGCCACCUCCAGUAAUCUGUCACGUCACAAGCAAACUCACAGAUCUCUCGACUCCCAGUCUGCCAAGAAAUGUAAUACCUGCGGUAAGGCUUACGUCUCAAUGCCUGCUUUAGCCAUGCAUUUGUUGACUCACAAACUUUCACACAGCUGUGAUAUAUGCGGUAAAUUGUUCUCAAGACCUUGGCUACUUCAAGGUCACUUACGUUCUCAUACUGGCGAGAAACCCUAUGCUUGUGUUCAUUGCGGCAAAGCCUUUGCUGACCGUUCCAAUUUACGAGCACAUAUGAUGACUCAUUCGGUUGAUAAAAAUUUCGAAUGUAAACGAUGUCACAAGUCAUUUGCCUUAAAGUCUUAUUUAAACAAACAUUUAGAAUCGGCUUGCAUCAAAGAUGCUGGACACCAUGGAGAUGAGGACACCGAAGGCAUGGAGGAAGGUGAAACAUAUAACAGAAUUCAUGAUAGUUUGAGUGGUAGUGUCGAGUCCAUGGAAUCAGGAGAAGAAAAUGAUGAAGAUAUUAUUGUAGCAUAAACAGUUGUAAACACUAAUGGUAAGUAAAUAAAACACUUAGUUUAAAGAGAAAAAAUAAGAAUCUAAAACCCUACAAAAAUUUCAAUUAAAUAACACUUAAAAAAAGUUUUUAGAUUUAGAGUUAAUUACAUUGUACAUGGGUCUAUGGAAAUAUAAAGAAAAUAUAAUUUUUAUUAAACAAUAAAGAAAGAAGAUACAAAUUAAUCCUUGUCAUCAUCUCCAUCAAUUCAUCGUGUUCUCAACUAUUUAAAUCUUUCGAUCUUUAGAUUGCAAUACAUUAAGAACAACUGUCUGUGUUUUACCAAAUCGGUAUGAAACGACAGUUGUAUUUUUUGUGUUUUUAUAAGACUUGUGUAUAUAGUUUCUAAUUUCCCGGACUUUUUUCAUUCCCGGGAAAUUUAUAAAAUUUUUAAUACAUAAUAACCUUCAUCAUUUUUAAAGAAAGAACGUUUUCGACUAUUAUAUAUCAUUAGAACAUGGUAAAAAUUAUUUUUAGUUUUUACGAAAUACAAUUUUAUUUUGUUUUUAUAUAUGGGCAAUUCCAAGAAAAUGUAAACCACGACUGAAAAAUUAAAACCUCUAAAACGUUGCAUUUGUGAAGAUAAUUCAACAAAAUUUAGUGAAUGAUCUUUUGUUACUCUAAAGACAAAUGGUGUUAAAAUCGGUCCAUUAUGGAUUAUGAAGGAAAAAUAGUGUAAGACAUUAAAAUAAAAAUUAAACACCUACACAUUUCGCUCCUUUUCGUAUUUUUUAAAUGUACUUAAAAACACUUCCGUUUUUUGUCACGCAUUUUACUGAAUUCCAUUCCGAUCGCUAAAAUCGGUCCAUGAUUUCCAAUUGCCCCAUACAAAAUACAUAUUAAUAUUUAAAUUUUAAAGAAAUCAUAUGAAAAUUGUCAAUAAUGUUAGUUCAGUAAUUUUAGAAAAAAAAAAAUAAUGUCGAUUUAAGAUUUUUUAAUAAAUCUGGAAUUAAAAUUAAAGAGAAGGGAACAUGAUGGCAAUUUUGAUUUGUAUCUUACCUAAAUUAAAAAAUACUUAUAAGCUAAAACUAAAUCAAUGACCCACUUAAGAAUGUGUAAAUUUUUAUAAACAAAAGAACUUAAAUAUAUUAUAUAAUAGUACAUACAUAAAUAAACAAAUAUUAUAUUGUUAAACAAUUUUCUGAUUUGUUUAAAAAAGUAAACGCUGGCUUCAGCCCAGGAAAAACUCUUUUAUAGCAUUAAAAAAGAAUUAUGCAAAGCAAUUUUUUAUUUAUACAAAAACAUACAUUUAUUUACAAUAAAAUAUUAAUUAAAAUUUUUUAAUAAGGAAAUUUUAGAUAUGUAAUUAAAAAAUCCAAAGCUAAAUCGGCUAAAACCAACUUAAAGUAAAAAUCCCAUGCAACGAAUAUUAUGGAACAUAAGUAGAAAUUCUAUUUAUACAAAAUUAUUAUUAUAAAAAAUCUAAUUAAAUAUAUAUGUAUAUAAAUAUAUUAAUUUAUUUAAAAUCAAAUAUUUAUACUAAAGAUAUAAAAUUAUAAAAAAUAGUAACCAUAAAAUAUAUUUAAUAUAAAAUAAAAAGGACUUUAAACCUUGAGAUAAAGUACCAGCGAAAGCAAACGUAAUAAUUAAAGCAAAAUAAACAUUACAAUUAUGAUUAGAUUGUUGAAAUGUUUAACAAAAUAGACGCAAUGAUUCGUCUGUAAAUGUUAAUUUAAAAAUUCAUUGGUUAAAAAUGAAAAGAAAAUAUCUUUAGUGAUCACGCUUAUUUAAUCAAUUUGAACUUUAUUUAAGGUAUACUAAGUUAAGUUUUCAUCUUUUGUUUUAUAUGGAUAAAUGAUUGAUUUAAUCAAUCCUAUAUCAUUUAACCGUAUUUAUUAAUACUAAUCAAAAGACAUAACAUCUGAAGACCCAAUCAGAUAUUUCCUUAAUGUUUCAUCCAAAUUCUUCAAAUAAUAAUGCCUUUAAAAAAAUCUAAAAUAUUUAAAAAUUUUGUCUACAUUUCCAAAUUACAUGCAUCAUCAAUAAAAUGUUUUUUUUUUCUAAAAUUUAAAUACUAUUAUAUAUUAUGUUACUUACUUUAUAUCAUCCUUAUAUAUUAUAAUAAUAUAAUUUAUCUAAUUUUACCUUUAAGAAAGAAUAACAUACAAACUAAAGUUUAAUUGAAUACCAAACAAAACAACAAAAAAAAAACAGCUCAAAAUAGUUUAAUAACACCUAAGUAAAUAUAGAGAUUAUAUUAUUAUAAAUAAUUAGCAAUGCACAAAAAAUAUUUUAUUUAGUUAUUCAUAACUGAUUUAAACAAUUUACAUACAAACGAAAGUAGCAUCAUAUAUGUAUGUAGGUUUGUUCAUUCACCGGUCGCAGUCACAGUAAUUUUUAAACUCUAAUAGGGUCCAAAGUAGUAACAACAAUGAUAAAAAAAAAAAUAAAAAAAAAAAUAGAGCCACAACAAAAUAUAAAAGCUAGUUAUUUUAAGUGAUUCGAAAGUAAAAAGUUAAACGAAAUUGUUGAACAUUAAAAAAAAGAAAAAUUGAAAUAAAUAGUAAAAUAUAACGUCCAUAAAUAAUAUAGAAAUUUAUACUCGUAUUAAAAAGGAAACAGUUACCAAAUAAAAUCAAAUCAUUGUUAUUGAUCCUUAAAUAAAUUUCAACAGAAUUUCUCCAGACUAAGACUCUAAAUCUAAAUGCGGCUUAUUACUUUAAUCAAACAAAAUUUUCAAUAAAAUUAAACAAAUUAACUAAAGAAAUCCAAAAAAAAACAUUUUGCAAUAGCAAUUAAAUGAAAUAGUUUUAAAAACAAAAAUUAUAUUCUAGAAAAAGUAAUCUUAAAUUUAAUAUUACCACAAAAUCUUAAAAAACAACAAUUUUCAAUUAUAAACUUUCAAUUAUAUACUUAUAUGUAUAAUUAUAUUAAAAUUAAAAAAAUAGUAGUCUUUUUAGCGAUAAAAAAUACAAUUUUAAAAUUAAAAAAAAAAACAUAUCAAAAGGACAAUACUAAUUGUAUAAUUUAAAAUUAAUUAAUUAAAAUAUAAAUUUACUUACACUUUACAUUUAAGAUAUUUCGAUUUAAGACACAAACAAAAGAGAACAAUAUUAUCCUAAACUUACAAAUACAAAUUCAUUUAAAUAGUUAUUUCAAAAUAAUAUUUUAUCUAUUUAUUGGACAAAAUGAAAUACGUUAAUAUUUUAAAAUUUAUUGAGUUUAGAAAAGUGUUGUAGAAAUUUCAUAUUUGCAAAGAAAAUCACGCUUUCAAAAGUAAUUAAAAUUAAUAUUUGGCCAAUUUCAUGUCAAGUGACCCAAGUUUUAAAAUCGAUGUCUUCCGAUUUGAGUGAAAUAUGCAGCACUAUUGGAUAGUACGCCAGGCAACCCUGUAUGACCAAAAUGGCCAACCGAUACAGCUGAAAAUUUAUGUCUGGCCUACUAUCUAAUAGUACUAACCUUGGGGUAAAUUUCAUUCAAAUCGAUUUUUUGAGUUGGGUCAUUUGACACGAAUUUGCCCAUAUCAUAAACCUCCUUAAAUGUAAGCGAGGCGGUAUUUUCGUUUUUCGAAAUUCAAAUGUUUGAUAUGACAUUGAAAGCGCUUUUCGAGGACCUUCUAAAUAAUAACAAACAUACCUAAACAAUAAAUUUGAGAUAUGGUACCUUUGAAUGAAUAAAAUUUUCAUUUAUGGCGAUAACAUCAGUAAUAGCAUGGUAUUUAGAAAAUUUACUGGCGGAAAAUUGUCAAUAACUUUGUUGUUAAACCUUCAAUAUUAAGGUUCGUUGGAUAGAUAAUUUUCUUUGGUUAAAAUGUUAAGAAACUCUAAUUUUAAUGACACAAUUUUUGAAAAGCGUUCAUCAAAAAAUAUUAAUUUUUUUAAUGAACGCUAUUUUUGGUCAAAAACAAAACUACUUAUUUAUCUUCUUAUUUGCAGACGAUCGUAGUAAGUAAUUAAAUAACUACCCAUUUGUCAUCACUCUGUUAACGUAAUGACUAAAAACUCAAUGUGUGAGAAAAUUUUAGCAUUUUAACCCUUUACAUUUCAAUGUAAAUUUUUGCUGGGUACAUAUAUGUACAUAUGCCUAUUUCUUUAGAUAUUGUCAUAAUCAUAAUAUUUUUAAUUUAAAAUAUUUUAAAUUGUCGUUAAAAAGCUUUUAAAUGUAAAUGUGAAAUUACCUACAACAUUUGAAUAAAAUUUUGUAUUAAAUUAAAAAAACUGUAACUAAAAGCAAUUUUUCUUUUAAGAAAAGAAAA